AUGCCGCCUUGUCCAGCAGGCACCAGGUUCAGCGCAAUCGUAAAGGCGUGCGUUCACGAAGGCAGCGACUUAGACGACUGCAUACCGGAUAGUGAAGUUACAACCACCGGUCCGCUAUCUGUCGAAGAACGUUGCGACAUGUUUGGCGGCAUCAUCGCCCACCCGACGGAGUGCCAGGCGUACUACAACUGCAGCGUUCGCUAUCAGGACGUACCUCGUUUGCUGGAGCAACACAUGGUCGAGUGUCCGUACCCAAAGCUCUUCAACGCGGAUUCGGAGCAGUGUGAACAUUUUGAAAACGGGACUUGUGGAUCUAGGCAAGAAUUUAAAGACGCUUGCGACUACAGACUGAAUAAAUGUGUGGCAGCCCAUUGUAUUCCUUGCAAUGUCCGGCUCGGCAACUGCGUUGGAAAACCCGACGGUCUUGCCCCGCACGAGGCGAAACUGUGGAGUCCUUACUAUGUCGUCUGCUAUAAAGAACGCGCCGUGGAGCACAACACGUGCCCACCAGACGCUGGGGGCCAGACGCAGUUUUUCCAUCCGGUAUUGAACCAAUGUGUUUCCAACUAGAUGCUCCCGCGAGAGCACGAAGGUUAAUUGCCGGCGUGAAAAAGCACACAUAACAUUCGUUGGAUAAAGUGAAAAACUAGUUUUAAAUUUAAUAACGCAGACACGCAAACUAUAUUGUUUAAAGAUAUUGUUUUACAUUCAUUUUAAUGGAAAAAUAAAAGAUCUAUACGAGAAUCACACUUUCAAUCACAGCUAAUGUUUGAACUUAAAAACGGAUUCAUAUUAUUACGUCAUCAUUGCACAAAAGUACGUCGAUUUUUCGUUUUAAUUUAAUUCCAUCUGUAUAAACUAUACCAUUUCAAAUAGCAUUUAACGGAAGAAA